UAUCCUUAUCAGAAAAGGAGGAGCAACGGAUGCAGGCACUUCAUUUAUCGUCGACCACCAUGGCUUUGGCCGUUACGGUGUCGUUCUCCGUGGGCGCACGAUUACUGCACAUACCGCGCAAGUUAGCACCACUCACCACACCGUUUAGACAAACAUGGUCCUUCUCUAAAAUGGGUUCUAAUAAUCUGCAGCUGGGGACCAGUGUACCCGCAAGAAAGCUCGUGGUUCGAGCUGCUAGAACCGAGUCCGAAGGGGUCUCCUUGGGCUUCAGAGCUCCCCAUUUUGAGCUUCCAGAGCCAUGUACUGGGAAAGUGUGGAAAUUGGAGGAUUUUGAACCGUAUCCUGCUUUACUGGUUAUGUUUAUUUGCAAUCACUGCCCAUUUGUCAAACACUUGAAAAAGGAUAUUGUGAAGCUUGCAAAUUUUUAUAUGAAGAAAGGACUUGCAGUUGUUGCAAUAUCUUCAAAUUCUGUAGCUACUCAUCCACAGGAUGGACCACAAUUCAUGGCAGAAGAAGCUAAACAAUUUAACUAUCCUUUCCCAUAUUUAUAUGAUGAGUCGCAGGAUGUUGCACGAGAAUUCAGAGCAGUUUGUACACCAGAGUUCUUCCUAUUUAAAAAGGGACUUAAGUGUGGCAAUAGAUUGCGUUCUCAGCAGCCAACCAGCACCAUCAGUUCAGAAACCCAGUGUUGGAUGCAGCAUAAAGUGGCAUCCCGGGACAAAUCUGUAAUCUGCGACCACUGGUUUCAACUUCAUGGAGACAAAUUAAUGAAGAGCUCAGUAAUUCUUUUAGGUACUCAUGCCUCUUAUGCAAUGGUCGGUAGCCAUUUUGAUUUAAAAUGUGCAUCCGUUCUUCUUGUCAUGUUCUUUCUUUCAAUCUUUGCAGCUUUCCUUUUUUAUCAUUUUGGAUUUCACGAGGCAUGGAAGGCAAGGAAUGUGGUAUAUUUAAUACUAUUGUAUGAUAAUGUAAUAUAAAUUAUACAUUGCAAACAACCAUGAAUGAUAAUAAUGUUCCACAAUCAUUAUCCUA